AUGUUGAGUCGCAAGUCAGACACGUACGCGUUCGGCAUCAUCCUGCUGGAGUUGGUGUCGGGUUGCUCGGCCCUGGACGCGCGGUUCAAGCACCUGCGCAAGCUGGUGACGGCCAAGGACUUUCCCGACCCCACUCUCGUGGUGGACCCGCAGCUGCAAGGCCAGUGGCAGCUCAAGCAGGUGCUCGUGGCGUUCACAGUCAUCAAGUUCGCCAUCUUGUAUGACUGGGAGCACCGGCCCGGCAUGGAUGUGCUCUGUGAAAAGCUAAAGAACCUCAUUAAUGACAUUGUACGCGUCUCACUGAACCGUUCGCCAUCCACGUGGCUGGCAUGCUGUCACUCUGCACGUCCACCUCCCACCAUUGCUGCAUGCAUCCAACAUGCGCUGUUCCAACGUCUAGUAGCCUCCUCCCCUCCUACCCUCCUCCCCUCCUUCCCUCCUCCCCUCCUACCCUCCUCCCCUCCUUCCCUCCUCCCCUCCUCCACUCCUCGCCUCCCCUCCUUCCCUCCUCCACUCCUCGCCUCCCCUCCUUCCCUCCUCCACUCCUCCCCUCCUUCCCUCCUCCCCUCCUCCCCUCCUCGCCCCCCCUCUCACCCGUCCAAGCACCCCCUUUUCCGCCUGCCUCUGCGCCCACCAACCCUUGGUGCGCCCCUCGUGCUCCCCAUCUCCCACCCGCACGUCUCCCCCGCGUCCUAG